GAAAAUGGAAAAGUGUAGAAGUUGGUUUGCUGCCUGUCGUGGGUAGGAAGCAAAAGGAUUCGCUGGGUCAACAGGUAUUGCCCACCAAUUUUAAAAGCAAACACAAUGGGUGAGGAAAUGGCCAACUCAACACAAAACAAGGCGCGAGCCAAAACAACGCGACCCAAAGCUGUUUACCAGUGGACCGUGGAUGACGUACAGAAAUGGUACCUUCGGCAUUGUGGCGAAUACAAAUCGUAUGUGGAGCUAUUUCGAGUUCACGACAUUACGGGUCGAGCCCUGCUCCGCAUCACAGAUUCCUCGCUCCAACGUAUGGGCGUAACUGACAAUCGAGACCGCGAGGCCAUUUGGCGUGAGAUUGUGAAGCAAAGGCUAAAAACGGAUAUUAUGGAAAUCCGCGAUAUGGAACGCGUCAACAUUCACUAGGACAACUGGAAUAGAAGCCAACAUAUGGUAAGCAUUUACCCUGAACAUAACGCCACGUGAUCACAAUGUGAGCAUAAGCAGAGGGCAACGUUGGACAAUAUCCGCGAGUUUUUCAGUGCUUUUCAGCUUGAAGGAUCUUAAAUACUUCAAAUGCGCAAUGCAGCAAUUAUUUGAAUAGCAAUAAACAUUUGAAUUGCAUAGUUUA